AUGGAGCAUCUGUCAUGGGUCGGACCAGUAGUUCGUCCGUCCUCGGAUCGUGUUUCCAGGAGCAGCUGCGUAGGAAGCAGGAUGGGGUUGCUCGGGAGCAAAAAUCAGCUGACAUCCAAUGAGAAGCACACUUCUGGAAGCAACCCAAAACACAAGAGCAAACCUCCUCCUGCUCCACCCAAGGGCAGACAAUUUAUCAGCCUCCCUCAUCUAAACCAAGCCUCUGUACAAGACAACUUGGUUGUGGUUGCACUGUACGAUUUUCCUGCCUCAAGUGACCGUGACCUGCAGUUGGUCAAGGGGGAGAAACUCCAAGUCCUCUCCAAUGAGGGGGACUGGUGGCUUGCAAAAUCCCUGAGCAGUGGAAGGAAAGGCUACAUUCCCAGUAACUUUGUUGCACAGGUGGACAGUUUGGAAGAGGAAAAGUGGUAUUUUAAAACUCUGAGCAGAAAAGAUGCUGAACGGCUGCUGUUGUCUUCUGGUAACAAGGUUGGCUCUUUCCUUGUCAGAGAGAGUGAAACCAGCAAAGGUGCCUAUUCCUUGUCUGUGAGAGACAGUGACUCUGCUCAUGGAGACAUCAUCAAACACUACAGGAUCCGCUCCUUAGAUGGUGGGGGCUAUUACAUCUCCCCCAGGAUGACUUUCUCCAGCCUGCCAGAGCUAAUCCAUCAUUACAGCCAGAAAGGAGAUGGCUUGUGCCAGCGGCUCACAGCCCCCUGCAUAUCCAUGGUUCCCCAGAGACCCUGGGCACAGGACGAAUGGGAGAUCCCACGGGAAUCUUUGAAGCUUGUGAAGAAACUUGGCAGUGGGCAAUUUGGGGAAGUGUGGAUGGGCUACUACAAGAACAACAUCAAAGUGGCUGUGAAGACCAUGAAAGAGGGCAGCAUGGAUCCUGAUGCCUUCUUGGCAGAGGCAAACUUGAUGAAGAGGCUCCAGCAUAACAAACUGGUCCGACUAUAUGCAGUAGUAACAAAGCAGCCUAUCUACAUUGUGACAGAGUAUAUGGCCAAUGGGUGUUUGCUGGAUUACUUGAAGACAGAAGAAGGAAGCCAACUGAACCUUCCCAAACUCAUUGACAUGUCUGCUCAGGUGGCAGAGGGAAUGGCAUACAUCGAGCGCAUGAACUCCAUCCACCGGGACCUGAGAGCCGCCAACAUCCUUGUCUCAGAGACGCUCUGCUGCAAAAUUGCUGAUUUUGGCCUGGCCAGGAUCAUUGAGAAUGAAUAUCUGGCACAAGAAGGUGCCAAAUUCCCAAUCAAAUGGACGGCACCAGAGGCCAUUAACUUUGGAGUUUUCACCAUCAAAUCUGAUGUGUGGUCUUUUGGGAUCCUCCUGACAGAAAUCAUCACCUAUGGCAGGAUUCCUUACCCAGGGAUGACCAACCCCGAAGUAAUUCGCAACCUGGAACGGGGCUACCGCAUGCCCUGCCCUGACCUGUGCCCUGGUGAGCUCUACAACAUCAUCCUGAAAUGCUGGCGAAACAAGCCUGAGGAGCGUCCAACCUUUGAGUACCUGCAGUCAGUCCUUGAGGACUUUUACACUGCCACGGAGAAGCAGUACGAGCCAGAGCCUCACCAGUGAGCUACCAUCCCAACAGCACCUGGGAACAGAUCUGGAGGAAAGCCACCAUCUGGCAAUGGCUCGUUCCAGGCCUUUCCCUUUCUCUUGUGUGCUACCACUAUGCAUUUGCAGAUGGGGAACAAGGAGAGACAUUAGAGAGACGGAUAUUGACAGCUCUGUGAUUAUCACGGAGACUAAAGAGGUGGCUGAGAGGUGGCACAGUCCCUUCCUUGUCUGCAUCGGAGGCCUGUACCCACUUUGCAGACAUCAUCUCCAUCAUGAAGGACUCCUUUGUGACCCAUUUAGACAUUGAAAAGCCCCUCAGUCCUGCAGCCCUAGGAAGAGUGGGCCAUGACCAAGGAGGUGGUAGAGAAGAUGCACAAUCUCUUUUCCGCUUCUGAUGCCACUGCCGGCAAUACUACAUUUCCCUUUGU